AUGCGCCGAGUCAUCAGCAUUGUUGUCGACGAAGCACACUGUCUGUCCCACUGGGGAGCAGACUUCCGUAAGAAAUAUGCGAGCCUCGGAACUGUACGAGUGUUCCUUGCACCGGGUACACCUAUCAUUGCUGUAACGGCAACGCUGACCGCGCGUGUCCGCCGUGAUCUUCAUAACAAGCUCCACUUCCCCAAGACUGGCAGCCAGUUUAUCAAUGCCGGAAAUGAUCGCCCCAAUGUCUCGAUCGUUGUUCGCGCAUACUUCGUGCUACCAGAGAAGAUCGAGACAGCAAAUGACAUCCCAAAGACAUAUCUCUACGUCGACAACAUUGAUACUGGUAACGACAUCAUCGAUCACCUCGGGACUCUCCUUCGACAGCGCAACCCUGCCUUGUACGAAUUGGGUGUCAUCCGCCCUUUCAAUGCUACGAUGUCCGCUGGAUACCGCACGCAUGCCAUGGCGGCCUUCCGCAACAAUCAUGAAUACAGCAGUGCGGACGUCACUGCAGAUAACCUGAAGAUCGGUCCGAUCCGUAUUCUGGUGUGUACGGACGCUGCUGGGAUGGGAUGCAAUGUUCCUGACGUAGAUGUCGUCGUGCAAUGGAAGCUGCCUGCCACCUUGUCAAAUUUCAUCCAGCGAGCUGGACGUGCCGCACGCGCGCGUAAUAGGACCGGGAUUGCGAUCCUCCUUGUGGAGCGGUCGGCUUAUUCAAUCAACUUAGCAUCGACUCACUGGCGCGAGAGGAAGCUUGAGGAAGAUCACACACAUGCACUGUUUGGUGCCACUGUGAUCCUCAGCGACACACGGGUCGAACGCCUGGCCUCUGUCGGACCCAUCACGCGUGCCGUGGCUGCAGCAAUGCUCAAGACGUGGCUAUGGCGUGACAGGUAUGAGGCCGAAUUGACAGAUCUCCUGCUGUCGCUGCCUAUCCGUUCGAUUCCAAAGGCCAAGAAGGCCGCGAGUAGGAAUGAUGGCACGAAGAAAGCAUCCGCUCGCAAGGGCCAUGCGGGUAAACGUGGCAACACCGAUGACACCAAUGUUACCGAGGACGGACAUGAGCCUCUUCACUCUCACAAACGCGCACGGCACACUGAUUCCAACAAGCCGUCUGAGACAUCGGAAUCUUUGGGUAGCCUUAUAGGGACCUCACAGAAUGUCGUCUCCGUACACACGCACACGCCAACUACCCAGUCGAGCAGCGCGGGUCCAUCUCAGGGAGUGCCCUACCCAUCUGUAACCCCGUCACCGUUUUCAUUCUUACCACCAUCGCCUUUUCCAUCUCUACCGCCUUCACGGUACCCAUCUGUACCCCCGUCGCCACACCCGUCUCUACCGCCCUCACCGUUCCCGCCUGUACCGUUCUCGCCAUACCCAUCUCUACCACCAUCACCGUUCCCGUCCCUAUCUCAUGCGCCCGGGCCAUCGCUGCCGUCAUUUCCCUUCCAUGCCAGCAUACCGAAUCCACACGACCUGGCCACUCACCAGGUGCAGUACCAUCCCCACCCACUGCCGAUAACACCAUACCGUCAAUGGCCAUCGCCGCAACCUGACCCAUACAGUCUUCAGGCUGGGCCGAGCUCGACGUCCCAGCAUCAUCAGGAAAAUCCAGAUUCCGCAAUUUGGAAUAAUUUGUGUCAAAUUGCUGCUAACAUGUCUCAUGAGUACUCACCAAACUCUGCAAGCUAAUUCUGUGAUAAUAACAUCUACUGGAUACAGUAUUAGUGCAUUUAUGAUCCUAUUAGAUGCAGCGACCAGGUUGUUCCCUAAUUGUUGCUAAAGUGGUGCAUCAUACAACACACACAAUGCUUGUUACAAUUAGUUCAACAAUGAUUCUAUUGCUGUGU